UCCUUAACAUAAUAUUAAUCAAUCUGUGUUAGACAAUGCCUAAAGACUUUGAAAUUAAUAUAUAUCCAAUAAACUUAAAUCUGUUUUAUAUGUAUUUAAAUAAGCUCAAGUUUGAGAAUUGGAGUCCUCAACUUCAUAGCUACGAAAUCCUACUUUUACACUUCUAUCCCUACCUUCUUUUUACUCUCUAUAAUUGUGAUCACUAGUGGAAUUACAAGAGCAACGAACGAUGAUUCUAAAUGGCAGGCAGCAGAGGCACAAGCCUUGAUGGAAACAGGGUGGUGGAGUAAUUAUAAAAAAGAGAGUUGGAAACCAUUGUAUGUGGCCUGGUAUUCGAUGCAAUGCUGGAAGUGUCGUCGAUAUUGAUCUUAGUGGCCAUGGUCUGAAUGGGAGCAUAACACCUCAAAUAGGAGCACUUUCAAAGCUCAGGUACCUCAACCUGUCUUGGAAUAUCCUUACAGGUGAGUUACCUUCUUCAAUUGGAAACCUCACUCAAUUGGCAGUGCUUGAUGUUUCUUGUAAUUAUAUUUAUUCCAUUCCCAAGGCAAUUCAGAAGAUGGAGAAUCUUGUUUCUCUAAAUUUGUCAAGGAAUAGCCUUACAGGUAAGUUACCUUCUUCAAUUGGAAACCUCACUCAAUUGGAAGUGCUUAAUGUUUCUUAUAAUGAUAUUCAUUCCAUUCCACCAAAUAUUGGAAAGCUAAAGAGUAUGGUUGAUCUUGAUCUCUCAAACAACUGGCUUGUUGGUCCAAUCCCAUCUUCUGUCAGCAACUUAACCAAUCUUGCCUCGUUGUACCUUCAAAGCAACAAACUUGAUGGAUCCAUUCCACAAGAUAUUGGGAGACUAACGAAUUUGGUUGAAUUGGAUCUAUCCUCCAAUAAUCUUGUUGGUCCAAUACCAUCUUCUGUCAGCAACUUAACUAAUCUUACCUCGUUGUUCCUUCAACUCAACGAACUUAAUCGAUCCAUUCCACAAGAUAUUGGGAGAAUAACGAAUUUGGUUGAAUUGGAUCUAUCCUCCAAUAAUCUUGUUGGUCCAAUACCAUCUUCUGUCAGCAACUUAACUAAUCUUACCUCGUUGAUCCUUCAACUCAACCAAAUUAAUGGAUCCAUUCCAGAAGAUAUUGGGAGACUAACGAAUUUGGUUGAAUUGGAUCUAUCCUCCAAUAGUCUUGUUGGUCCAAUACCAUCUUCUGUCAGCAACUUAACUAAUCUUACCUCGUUGUUCCUUCAACUCAACCAACUUAAUGGAUCCAUUCCAGAAGAUAUUGGGAGAUUAACGAAUUUGGUUAAUUUGGAUCUAUCCUCCAAUAGGCUUUCAGGUCACAUCCCUUCCUCUCUCAGCCAGUUAAAUACAUCGGUUGCUCUCUACGAUAACAAGGAUUUAUGCAUUCAAGGCUGCCUUCCUUGCCCUUCAACGAAGCACAAUCUGGUCGUUAUUAUUCUUGUCCCGACAUUGUUGUUUCUUAUCUUAUUCUUUGCAUUGGUGAUAUUCAUCCUUUACCGACAAUAUAGAGCUAAAGCUUUGAAACAUGAUCCAAGUCCAACCAAAAAUGGAGAUUUAUUUUGUAUUUUGAAUUUUGAUGGAAAGAUUGCAUUUAAAGACAUCAUCAGAGCAACAGAGGAUUUUGAUAUCAAAUAUUGCAUUGGAAUGGGUGGUUAUGGCAGUGUUUACAGAGCAGUCUUACCAAGUGGCAAAGUUGUUGCCUUAAAAAAACUCCACCGAUUGGAAGCGGAGCAACCGGCUUACGACACAAGUUUCCGAAAUGAGAUCAAGUUUUUAACAGAAAUACGACACAAGAACAUCGUCAAGCUCCACGGAUUUUGUCUCCACAACCGUUACAUGUUCUUGAUUUAUGAAUAUAUGGAAAAGGGAAGCUUGUUUUAUGCCUUGAGCAUUGAUGAGGAAGCUAUGGAAUUGGAUUGGACAAAAAGAGUGAACAUUGUCAAAGGUGUCGCACAUGCUCUAUCUUACAUGCAUCAUGAUUGCACCUCUCCAAUUGUUCAUCGAGACAUCUCAAGCAAUAACAUUUUGUUAAACUCUGAAUUGGAAGCUUUUAUUGCUGACUUUGGGACUGCAAGACUUCUUGAUCCUGAUUCAUCUAAUCGAACUGUAAUUGUUGGGACGUAUGGAUAUACUGCCCCAGGUUCUGCACCUUCACUCUCUUCUUUUCCUUUUUAUUUAGUUUCUGCUGCUUAUUUGUUUCGAAUUACAUAUUAGACUAACGAGGGAAACAAGGAGGAAAAACCAAAUUAAGAAAUAUCAAAUAUAAAUAAAAAAAUUUAAUUCUAGAUUGGAGGAUUCAAAUGCAAACAUACAUGCUGAUUACAAAAUAUAAAUUAACAUGUAUUUAAUUAUUUUUGUUGUUGUAAUUACAGAACUUGCUUAUUCGUUGGUUGUGACCGAAAAAUGUGAUGUUUAUAGUUUUGAAGUGCUAGCACUGGAAGUAUUGAUGGGAAAGCAUCCUGGUAAAUUAUUGUCAACACUAUCAUCAUCAUCAUCUAGUGUCCAAAAUUUCAUGCUAAAUGAAAUUUUGGACCCUCAAUUAUCAACCCCGAGAAGUCGAAAAAUGGCAGGAGAUAUCGUUUUUGUUGCUGUCAUUGCUUUUGCAUGCUUACGAGCUAGACCCAAAGCUCGACCAACAAUGAAAUUAGUGUCUCAAGAAUUCCUACACAUCAAGUCCCCAGUUGCAAUGCCUCUUCAUGAAAUAUCAUUGAUCGAGCUUAAGAAUCAUGAGAUGUUUAUGAGCGGUAAAAAUCACAAAUAAAUAAAUAAUUUGAAGUUGAUGUAAUAAUAUAGAAACCAAUGGAAAGUGAUAAAGUAGAAUUAAUCUUUCCAAGGCACUUCAUUGUUAUUCAUAGUUACUUUCUUGUUUUCCUACAAAAUAUUUAAAAUUUUGGGUUCAAAGACAUAACUUUUAAUAAUUAGAACUAUGUUUUAACAAUGAA